CCGCAGUCCAGUUGGGGGCGUGGUUAGAUAUUUGGUUACAGUGCCAAAAUGCUGCUCAGAAGGACAGGACAAGUCAGACAGUUUUGGAGCUGGGUCAACUUUGUAUUCAACAGAGUGGACCACAGUCGAGUGGCUGCGGUGGGUCCGGACAGGGCAGCUGCUGAGUGGGUACUGAGACUGGGAGGCUCCGUCAAGUUUACUGACAUGGAGUACUGGAAUACAGACUACAACAGACUACCCUCAGGAGGGGUCAAACUGGAGCAGAUUGACGGCUCAGGGAUGUCCAUCACUUCGAAUGGCCUCGAACAUCUUGGUAUAGGUUCAUUCAAGGGAUUGGCAUGUCUGAGAGUUCUAAAGUUGAGCAGAUGCAAGUACUUGUAUGAUGAUGGGCUGGUCCACCUUAGUCAGGUAGAGGACACACUGAGAGAGCUUGAUCUCAGCCAUUGUCCUGGUAUCACUCACAAGGCUCUGGCAUACCUCUCCAUACUCGGAUCUCUACAAAAGUUGGACUUAACCGACACCCCUGGAAUACGGGACAGAGACCACAAACUGAACGAACUUAAUAUUCAACUACCACAAUGCAAAAUUACUGCAUAACUACUAUAUAUAGCUAGCAGUCAUGUCACCUUUUAUGUUUGUACAGCUGCAAUGAACCACAUGCAUGAUCACCUAGUAA